AGCUCCGAACCUUCUCCUUCCUCCUCAGGAAGGUCACCGCGAAGCCGGCAAAAUCCUCCCGGCGAGAGAGAGAGAGACACACACACACACACACACACACGCAGGCACAGUGACACAGACACAACAAUCAGCAGCUCUCGCCUCGCGCGCGCGCGCGAUCAGCUGCCGGUACAAAUCCACCCGCCAACGCACGCCGGCCUCCCGUGCCCCAUGCAGAGCACCACCGGCGAUCUAGUCAUCCUUAUAAAUACGCAGCCGUCGCGCCGGCCUCGUACUCGGCCAUGGCGGCAGUCGGCGCGCACGCAUUGCUCUACCACCACCCGGUCGUCUCGGGCGACGGCCACUCGAUGUCAUCGUACUUCUCCCACGGGGGAAGCUCCACCUCCAGCCCCGCGUCCAGCUUCUCCGCCGCCCUCGGGGCCGCCACGACGCCGCCGCUCGCCGACCCGUCGGGGGCGGCGCAGUUCGACAUCUCCGAGUUCUUCUUCGACGACGCGCCGCCGGCUCCGGCAGCUGUGUUCAAUGGCCCGCCCGCCGCCGUGCUGCCGGAUGGCGCCGCGGCAAGUGCAGCAGCCGCCCACGCAACAAGGAGCUCGUCGGAGGUGGUGCCGGCCCCGGCGGUGGAGAGGCCGCGGACGGAGCGGAUCGCGUUCCGGACGAAGUCGGAGAUCGAGAUUCUGGACGACGGCUACAAGUGGCGCAAGUACGGCAAGAAAUCCGUCAAGAACAGCCCCAAUCCAAGGAACUACUACCGGUGCUCGACGGAAGGGUGCAGCGUGAAGAAGAGGGUGGAGCGGGACAAGGACGACCAGAGCUACGUGGUGACGACGUACGAGGGGACGCACAACCACGUGAGCCCCAGCACGGUGUACUACGCCAGCCAGGACGCCGCCUCCGGCCGCUUCUUCGUCGCCGGCACGCAGCCGCCUGCAGGUUCUCUCAAUUAACUGCGCGCGUACACCGAUCGAUCGGCCGGCCGUGUCGGCUGCACUCGUCAGCAUGGGACUUUUGCAAUGCUAGCAAGCUAGCCAGUGCAUAGCUAGAAGCCCUGAUAGCUAGUUUUAUUAUAGGUUAGGUGAUAAUCUGGGCUGGAUUCUCGAUCGAGAUGGGUCAUUUUGUAUGACGUCGUAGCUCUCGAUCUUCUUCUUCUUCUCUAUCUCUCGAUCGCUCUCUCUUUUUCCUGUCUCAACUCUCUCCUGUACUUUUUGCCCGUUUCGAGAGUGAUCAAAUGCUGUGCUGCUGUACUUCUGUGCUCUUGAGGUUCCCAAACUAUCCCUCCUCGAGCUUUAGGUAAUAUAGCCAUGGGAAAUGUAACAUAUAUAUACUGUUUAACCGUGCAAUAAAAAUGUACAGAGAUUGUGAAUUUUUUUUGUGGUUGGA